CACACAUUCUAGUUUCACUCUGUUCUGAAUUCUCUUUCUCAAUCUUCUCCACUGUUUCCAAGUUCAAUUCUUUUUAUCUCUCCCAACUUUCUUCUUCUGUUUCCCUUUCUGGGUUUUGUUUUCUCUUUUCUUUCUUUUCCACUGACGUUCUCAAAUGGUUACACAAAAGUUUUGCCAUAGAUUCUUCAAGUUCCGUGUACUGUUUCUCAUAACCACUUCCACUUGUGAAUGGUCCCUGUGAAUGGCCUAAACUGACCCUUACCAAAAGCCACGAGUAUCUUAUGCGCCUUCAAAUUUUUUGACACACGAAGGGCAGUGACAGGAACAUGUCGGUUUCAUAGGAAAAUUAUUAUCAGUUUAUUCCCUUCUUCUCACCUGUCUUAUCUUGUCAAAUCUUGCAGCUCCACUCCCUCUCUCUAUCUCUCUCUGCACUUUUCUGUUUUCAAAACGAACGAGCAAACUUAAUCAAAUGGUUGCUAAGGACUAUGAUCCCUUGACAUGCGCGGUUGGUGUGAAAAUGGGUAGGAUAAUGCAGUGUGUUGAUCACUCGAGGCUUUUUUGGCUGUUUUUUGGGGUCUUCUCCCACGUUUACCACGAGGGGAAACCUCGGAUUUAGGAUUCUGCAAGUACCUUGGAGAAUAGAACGAACCGCUUUUUUGUUUGUUUUUUGUUCUUGGCUUUUCAACUUUCUUUGCACUGAAGUUGUUGUCUGCAGACAAUAGCUUUCGAAGUUUUGGUGAUUGUUAGUUUAGUUACUUAGUUGGAGUGUAUAGUUAAGAAUUCAACAUGUAUUCCAAUAAAGGGUAUAGAGAUGAUCGCAAAGCUGAGCCUCGUUACAUUGAAACCGACCCAAAUGGUAGAUAUGCUCGGGUUGGAGAUAUUUUAGGAAAAGGGGCAAUGAAGACAGUGUAUAAAGCAAUUGAUGAGGUUCUUGGAACAGAGGUUGCAUGGAGUCAGGUCAAACUGAAUGAUGCAUUUCGAAAACCAGAGGACUUGGAGAGGCUUUAUUUAGAGGUUCAUCUCCUCAGCACCCUCAAGCACCAAUCCAUCAUGAGAUUCUACACCUCUUGGAUUGAUGUCAACAAUAAGACCUUCAACUUCAUCACAGAAAUGUUUACUUCAGGGACUCUAAGAGAAUACCGGAAGAAAUAUAAGCACAUAGGUCUGAGAGCAAUAAAGAGUUGGGCUCGGCAAAUCUUACAGGGUCUUGUUUAUCUGCAUGAACAUGAUCCUCCAGUAAUUCAUAGGGACCUCAAAUGUGACAAUAUAUUUGUCAAUGGCCAUCUUGGACAAGUGAAAAUUGGUGACCUGGGUCUAGCAGCAAUUCUCCAUGGUUCCCAACCAGCUCACAGUGUUAUAGGCACUCCCGAGUUCAUGGCACCAGAAUUGUAUGAGGAAGAAUACAAUGAACUAGUUGAUGUGUACUCAUUUGGCAUGUGUGUUUUGGAAAUGCUUACAUCUGAUUAUCCAUACAGUGAAUGUACUAACCCUGCACAGAUAUACAAAAAAGUAACAUCAGGGAAGCUACCAGCAUCGUUUUUCAGGAUUGAAGACACAGAAGCACAAAAGUUUAUUGGCAAAUGUCUAAUAGCUGCAGCAGAGAGACCAUCUGCAAAAGAAUUGUUGCAUGAUCCAUUUCUUUUGUCUAAUGAUGAAUCAUCCAUGGCAAAUAUUAGAAUUCAGAAGCCGUUUCUAAAUUACAGCGAAAUGGAAAAACUUCAACUGAGUGAUGAUUUACCAAUGACUAAAAUGUCAAUAACUGGGAAGCUGAAUUCACAAGAUGACACUAUCUUUCUCAAAGUGAAAAUUUCUGAGAAGGAUGGUUCCUGUAGGAAUGUAUACUUUCCCUUUGACAUUUACACAGACACCCCUGUUGAUGUUGCAAUAGAGAUGGUGAAAGAGUUGGAAAUCACAGAUUUGGAGCCAUCUGAUAUUGCACGUAUGAUUGAAGGAGAGAUAUCUGUGCUGCUGCCGAAAUGGAGGAAUAGUAACUGUCCAGAGAGCUGCCAUACACACAGUUAUAAUGAUGACAAGGACAAUGAAGAUCCUCAGCAUCAUUUCCACUCUAUUUCUUCUUGCUCAUCAUCCCUAGAAUCAAUACUAGGCUCAGUCAACAGAGUGGAUGACUUACUGAAUGGAUAUCAUUGGCUCAAUGGUGAUAUAGUUGAUGAUGGAAGUUCAAUAUGCUCUCCACAUGGGAUAUGUUCGAACUCAAACAUGUGUUCAAUGGAUGAGGAGGAGGAACAUCAUAAGGGUUCUAGAAGAAAAGAUAAAGACCUCAUCAUAAAGAGUCACAUGUGUACUAGAUUUCACCCUAAUGAAGACCACAAAAUUCUGGCAGGACCACAAACACCUUCUACUGGCAAAAGUAACAGGAUGAUAGACAAUCGCAGACUAACUAGGAACAAGUCAUUAAUUGAUACGAGAAGCCAGCUACUGCACAGAUCACUGGUUGAAGAGAUAAACAAAAGAAGAUUCAAGACAGUUGGAGCUGUGGAAAAUAUUGGAUUUGUGACACCUUAUCAGGUUACAAACAAAAUUUCAAAUCCAGCAUGUGCUGCUUUCGAUGUGAACUCUUCAAGUACGAAGGGAAAAAACUUGAGAGAAAAAAAAAUUUGAAAGUGACUCUGUCUUCAGCUUUCAAAUCAAAUAAGAAAAUAUGGAUAAAUUCUGUGUCAUGGAUAAGAGCAAAUGAUAUAGAGUCUGUUGGAAUGAUGGCUACAAACAUCCACAAAAUAUGGUAAUUUCAAG